GCUGCCAGGGCAGAGUAUGGGCAGCAGGUGAAGCUGGGCUGGGAUGAGAGCGGCAGCAGGCCAGAACCAGAGCAGGAGCCCAGGGCCGGGAGCUGGAGCGCCCAGCAGAAGGAGCCAUUGCCAGAGAAGAGGGCCUCGUAGGCCGGACUCUGAGGGGGGGACAUGACCCCAACAGGAGGCCUGACGCUGGGGAGAAGGGUCCUGCCAGGCAGCCUGAGGGCCUGAAGCCACCAGCAGAGGCUUCUUUGGACAGUAAACUAAUAACUGGCAUCACCUUCAUCUGGUCAUAUGGGUACAAGGAUGGCCUCAUCAAGAACAGCAAGCGGCACUGAUUGAUAAACCCUCAGAACCUGUAGCAGUCUGCAUCAAACUGUUCUGGCAAGUGUGUUACAGUUCAACCUGUGGAAUGUGAGUAGCUGGCAAUUGAUCUGCAAGUUCAACAUCUUUCCUAAAUUCCAGAAAAUCAGGAAGAAGAUAUUACAAAACUGGAGUCAUCAUUAGGUCAAAAGCACUUCAAAGAAUAUUCUUCUUAGAUGUUUAUAUAAUCUAAACCAGGAACUCUGACAAGGUUUUUGUGCCAUGAAGCUUUUAUUUAAGCUCCAGAUUUUUAACUCAAUUUGGACUCUGAAGUCACCUUGUAGAUUCUUCAGUUUAUGUUGCCGAGGAUUUGCCCCUCAAAAUAUCUCUGGCUAUGAAUCCCCGAGCCUCUAUAAAGAUUUGCCAGAGCACUUUAAUUUUGCAAGUGACGUUUUGGACAAAUGGAGUCAAAUGGAAAAGAAUGGAGAGAGAGCCUCCUCCAUCCCAGCCCUCUGGUGGGUAGGUGAUCAAGGCAAUGAGGUAAGGUGGGGUUUUGAGGAGCUGGGAUUUCUAUCCAGGAAAGCAGCCAAUGUACUCUCUGAUGCAUGUGGUCUGAAAAAGGGAGACAGAGUUAUAGUGAUGCUACCCCGGAUACCAGAAUGGUGGUCGAUAACAGUGGGCUGCAUAAGAACAGGAAUUAUCUAUAUUCCAGCAACAACCCAGCUGACAGCUAAUGACAUUUUCUAUAGACUCCAGGCUUCUAAGGCCAAAUGCAUCAUUACCAAUGAUACACUGGCACCUGUAGUGGACUCAGUUGUGUCCAAGUGCCAGUUUCUAAAAAUCAGGCUAAUGGUAUCCGAAGGCAGCAGGGAUGGUUGGCUGGACUUCAAGGAACUACUCAAAGCUGCACAUGGUGAUCAUAACCCUGUUAAGACAAAGAGUCAAGAAGCAAUGACUAUCUACUUUACUAGUGGAACCACAGGUUACCCCAAAAUGGUGGAACAUUCUCACAGUAGUUUUGGUAUCGGAAUGACCUCGACUGGAAGGUUUUGGUUGGAUUUGAAACCCUCUGACAUAUGUUGGGGCCUGUCUGACCCAGGCUGGGUAAAAUUUGCCUAUGGCUGUUUCUUUUCUCCAUGGAUUCAGGGAGCAUGUAUCUUUACACACAGCAUGCUGCAGUUUGAGGCAACAACCGUCCUGAAUUGUCUGUCCAGAUUUCCUAUAACCUCUUUCUGUGGUACACCAACUGUUUAUCGCAUGCUGGCGCAGCAUGAUCUUACCAGCUACAAGUUCAAGAGCCUGAAGCACUGCCUAAGUGGGGGUGAGCCACUCAACCCUGAAGUGAUGAAGAAAUGGAAAAGCAAAACAGGGAUGGAUAUCUAUGAAGGAUACGGCCAGACUGAAACAGUUUUGAUAUGUUCAGUUUGCAAAGGCAUGAAAAUUAAACCUGGUGCUAUGGGAAAGGCAUCUCCACCUUAUGAUGUUCAGGUAAUAGAUGAAAAUGCUAACAUUCUGCCUCCUGGGAAAGAAGGAGAUAUUGCCAUCAGAAUCAAACCAACAAGGCCAUUUUGUCUUUUCUCUCACUAUGUGGAUGAUCCAGAGAAAACUGCUGCAUCAGAACGUGGGGAUUUUUAUAUCACAGGAGACAGGGGCAUUGUGGAUGAAGAUGGAUACUUCUGGUUUGUUGGAAGAGCUGAUGACGUCAUUUUAUCUUCUGGGUAUCGUAUUGGACCAUUUGAAGUAGAAAAUGCCUUGAUGGAGCACCCGGCAGUAGCUGAAGCAGCUGUUGUCAGCAGCCCAGAUCCCAUCAGAGGAGAGGUGGUGAAAGCCUUUGUUAUUCUGUCUCCUGACUUUGCAUCACAUGAUCCAGAAAAAUUAACUAAGGAGCUGCAAGAGCAUGUCAAAAAGGUUACUGCACCAUACAAGUAUCCCAGAAAGGUGGAAUUUGUUCAGCAGCUACCAAAGACAAUCUCUGGGAAAAUCCAAAGGAAGGAAUUAAGGAAGAAAGAGUGGGAGAGAAUUUAGCUUUGUUGUGGAGUUAAGAGCAUACAUUUUUAUUUCUGCUAUAAUCAUUCAUUGCUUCUUCAGGCUAUGACCUGUUCUCUGUUGAUGUCAGAAGGAGCUAGAUAGUAUUUGUGAUGAGGAAUAGGCAUUGUCAUUGUUUGCUGUAAUUUGCAAUGUUCUGGGGCUUUGAGAUGGUUAUGAAACUCAGUGGACUUGAUUCUCCUACUUUUUACACUGAUGUAAAUCAAGAGAAACUUUGUUGAAGGCAAUACUGUGAGAGGAGAAUCAGACCCUAAACUCCUCUUUAUCUUUCUGUUUGAUUAUUUUCCAUCUAUGCCUUAUCAUUCAAUACUGACUGUUACACUGCUGGCAAAUGUUGUUUUGUGAAAAUAUUGUGCAAUUAUUUUUAAUGGUCAAAUUAGCUUUAUAGAAUACUAGAUAAGUUUUUGAGGUGGUAAUUAUUGCUAUAUUGUCUUCUAUCAGCCACCAUCUUUUUGUGUAUGUUAGUUUAAAAAAAUAAAAGAUUUCCUGGGUUGUGAAAUUGUUAGGUCGCAAAAUGUUGCUGUAACAACCAGAUUUUCCUCUCCAGUAUUCAAGCUAUGAUCUACAUCAGCAUCUUCAUUAGUCAUUAUUAGGAGUUUGGGCCCAGUGCUUGCAGCCAUUAAUAUUAUCCUACUGAGUUCCACGGUAGUAGACACUAUUCUUGUUCGCAGCAUCAGGUCUCACUGCUUCCCUGACAUGGUACAAACCACCUUUGAGGUCAAUGUUACUUGUGCUCUGUGGGGGAGUACUC